AUGUCAUCAAUUUUACGAAAGUUGAGUAUUUAUGGAAAUGAUUCAUAUUCUCCACAAAUUCGAUUUGAUACAGGAGAAAAUGCAACACGAAUAGCGAAAUCAUUAUUAUCUCAUCUAAAGUCAUAUUCUACUGAAAGAACUCCUGCAAGACUUGGAGAUGUUUGCGAAAAAAUAACAUUGAUUUGGUCAAAUAUGUUCAAUAUUGAGAAAGAAAUUGCACCAAUCAAAAAAUUUGAAUUGGCCGAGGAAUUUUUGAUUCGACCAGAUAUUAUGAAAUUGUUAUUAUUUGUAUUUCGAAUGCUUCCAUUUGAAUCAAAGAAAAAGAUUCGAGAUAUUGUUACAUUUAUAAUUGUUUGGUGUUCAAAUGAUGCAGAAGAUAGUUCAUUUGGAAGAUCAAGAGCUAAAUUCAAUGUGAAAAUUCGAGAUCAGUUAUUUCAUGUGCGAAAAGAAGUGAUGGAUAUUUUAAUAGAAGGAUUGGAUGCACCAGAUAGUAUUGGAUUAUAUAAUGAUAUUCUCAAACUUUUUGUGAAAGAUGAUAUGUGUCUUAUGUCAAUUUUAGAUGAUAAAGGAAUCGAUCAAAAAUCUGGAUAUCAAAUUCGUGAAAAAGGGUGCUUUUGGAUGAUAUUUAAAAGAUUAACAGCUAAACAAGUAUUUCUCGAACAGUUUGAUGUUACAUUCAAAACAUUGGAAAGUAUUGAAGUUAUUUUAUCAUCAAAUCGAGCUGCAAUUAGUGAAUUUCUAUUAAAUAAUUGGGAACAAUUCUCGUGUAAAUUUUUUAUAACUUUUAGAAAUUAAAUCUGAAGUGACUUUAUUUUUCAGGUUGUAUGAACAAAUUGAUGUUGAGUGUUAAUUAUUAUAUUCAAUCGAAGUCUAGUCAAAUUAUGUAUGAUAUUUUAACAUGCCGUGAAAAUUUUUCAAUCUUCAAAAAAUGGCUCAACGAUAAAGAAAAUUUGCGCAUCACUGUGCAAAAUUUUGAAAGCUUUUUCAAGCCUGUAAGAAUGGCUGCCAUAAAGCUUUUUGAGGUAAUUUUGUUUAAAAAAUAAAUUCAAGAAUUUUCAAAUUUUCAGUUGUUCGUUUUCAACCCAUCGAAUACUCCAAAUGUUCAUCAAUUCAUAGAAGAUAAUUCAAUUAUUUUGGUCAAAUAUUUUUUCGAAAUUUCAAAUUCUCAUGGAUAUAAAGGACGUGUUGAAGAACUCGAAGAUGCCCGAAUUUCAAAAAUUGUUUAUAAAUUAUUAACUUGGUCACGACAAAGACCGUUUACCAAAGAAGAAGAAAUUGAAUUUGAAAAAGAUGAGAAGUUACAAGCAAAAAUGCUAGAAGGUUAGUUAUUUUGUUUUUAAAAUAAAUAUAGAGAUAUUGUCUAUCUCAGAACAAACAAUUGAAACGGAAUCGUCAAGUUCAAAAUCAAAAAUAUGUCAUGAAUAUGUAAACCGGGUUGCAUAUCACGUUGAAAAUCUCCGUGAACCAAUUAUUUUUGGUAAAUUUUAA